CCUUCCAUUUUUCGAGUUUAUUUGAAAGAUUGGAGGAGAUAACGAAUUAGAUCCGAAAACCGCAGACAUUGUCAUUUUACGUUGUAUAAUAUCGAAAUAUCCUUGUAGACUCUUCGCUUUUGUCAAUAAUCUGAAAGAAAUGGCUUGCUGCGGCAGCGGUGGUUGUGAAUGUGACUACUCUGAGCAAUCGGACUCCUCUGAUCACUCUGAUCAAUCUGAUUACUCUGAUUCAGAAGAAUAUGAAGUCUGCAAUUUGCGAUCAAAUUCCUGCGGAUUACCAUUUGAUCCUACAGCUUUAGAAAACAUUAUCUUGAAGAUCAGCGACAAAUUUAACUUUCGGAUGGUACUCAAUGAUGAAAGAGCAAAAACUGCUUUGAUGGUGACCUCUGGGUUGACCUUGGCAGGAACCCUAAUCGGGCGUCACUAUGGCGGGAAAGUGGGCGCUGCUGUAGGAGGUGCCGUUGGAGGCGCUUGCGGCCUUGGAAUCGUUGUUGUUGCAAUGAGAGAUAUUUGGAAUGACAUCAAAGAAAAGUUAUCGGAAUUAUUUGACAUCGUUUACGACUAUUUGGCUGGCUUGGGCAUAGAAGAUUACAGGAAGGCUGCCCUAUUCUUGGCUAAGAACGCUACUGGCUCAUCUGAUUUGGCUUUGGUAAUCUUAGAAACGGCUUCAGAAAUUCUUGGAAAGAAAAUCAUGUCCAGUCUGUCUGCUGCUUAGCUCGCUAUUUAUCAAAUGUUGAGUGGUCUGCGCUAUUGAUAAAGGGUUACCUCUGUGCUAUUUAUUAACCUAUUUGAAGUAAUAUUAUAACCUGUGACUAUGAUAACUUAAGAUUGAUAAGACUGAUUUUCUUUAUAUUCAAGAGGCUGGAUCCUAAGAAAUGUGACCUUGAAAUGGGACUAAUAAAUUUAUUCUUUUUUGAUACAAUGUUUAUUUUAGCAAUUAAGAUUAUUAUUGAUGUGACUUUUUUUAUGAUUUCGCGGACAAAUAUGUAUAAUAAUAAUUAUUAAAGACUAUUAAGAUACCUAUUAAUUUAUAAAAUCCAAUGUUGUUCUCUAAUAAGUAUCUAAAAUAUUGUGAUUGUGAAAUUAUGUGAAAAAUAAAUUGAAAUAAAUAACGAACAAAUAA